AUGGCGACCACAAGAGGACCUUUGGAGGGGGCAGAAGCUGCAACGUCUCGGUUUUGGCUCCCUUCCACGAGCCUCACUGUCCAGGAAACGUUGACAUUCCCACAGUUGCAGCCCCUUUGUGUGCAAAUGCUAGAGGAUAUCAUAGGGGGCAUGCUUCCGGAAUGCAAGGACUAUAAUUACUCUGGGGAGAUCCAGGCACAUGGUGGAAUCCAAACAGUGACAACGGAAAUUCUAUCUUGCGUGAGACCCGAGGUCCUAGAACUACAGGAGCAGCCUGUCUCUAGAAAGGCUCUCAUGGAGACACUGGCAAGUCAGGACAAGGACGAGGCAUGGACUGGCCCAAUUGGUUACUUGAAUUUCGUCACAGAUACCAGAUGCCAGGAAUGGUUCCGGCUUUAUGUCGGACAAACAAACGAGCCUCAGCGUCGUAUUGUUAACCAGCACAUUCAAAAAUCACUGAAAGGGUCCACAAAAUCCCUGCACUACUACAUGAUUUGGCUGGGAAACGGGGAUAGGCGAGUCAAUUUCAUUAGGUUAUGGGGCUCACCAAAAUCCAAUGAGGCGAAUCGAACUGGUGAAGAGAAGAAGGCGACACAGAAUUGGGAGAAGAUAAAAAUGAAUCUUCUCGAGGCUCUCUUUUGCAAAGCCUUUUUCACUCACCAUGGCAUGCUCAAUCGUUGUGAACCCAACACGCUCGUUCCAACCAUGACCAGCUAUGGGCUGAAUGUGAUGUCUCCAUUGGUCUACGGUGGAUUCAAACCUGAUGCAAAAAGGUCCAUAUUUGCCAAUGCACUCAGCAACUCUCCUGACAUACAAAUCAAGUAUUGGCUUAUACUUCGGAGCGCCCGAAUUAGAGACCAAAAACUUGAAAAGAGGAGACAGUUGACCGUUUCACGUCAAAUUUUCCAAUGCGACUAUGAUAAGGCACUGCAGGACGCAUUGGGUGACCAAGACUUAUUCCAACGAGUCAAGGACUCACUGGAAUCCGAGAAGAUUCUUGCAUACAAUGAGGAGAGGAGCACUACACCCGUACCAUAUCUUGGGAGUCUUUCAGCAAAAGUGGCUUUUAUUCUCGACUAUGGUGCAGUAUCUGAAGCGUCAAAAGUGUUCCUAGAGACCUCAGUACAGCAAGAAAACGGUCUCCCGUGGGCGCUACGGGGUUGCGGGUUUACUUUGGAGAAUGUUCUGUCAUGGACAUACAAUUUCAAACAAUUCUCUCCCUUGGGUGUGGACAACUUGUCUGAUGAGAAUGAAGGUCACCAGGCCCACCGAAGUUUGAUCUUGAGAAGCCAAGCAAGAAUCUUUUUCUUGUGUGGUCCUCGUGCCGCAAAUGCAGUUCGGCCACGGUCUCUGAAAACUUUCGAUCUUGAGCUUCGCGGCUUUCGCUACAAGAUUUUUGUUACAUACUUCAACCGUUUGUUCAUUCAAUGCCCUGCCCUUCCAUCCAAAAUUUGGUCGAGAACUGGGACUGAUAGCACUAAAAUCAGCGAGGCCAUCCGAUGUGCUAUCAGUCUGCUACGCCUGGAGGGAAUCCGGCCAUACUCACUGGAAACACACAGCAUCGUGGGGACAAUCCUUACCUGGAGGAGACAUGAGAAAAUGGGAAAGCCCCCCAUAACUGUGGAUAAAAUGGACCUUUUUGUAGCGCUUUGGGUGGCAAGAAAGGGCAUUGACAAAGACACCCUCACAAAAAUCGAGCAGCUCGCAGGAUCUUUGCCUCGGGCACUGUUGAUGAUUUUGCAUGCCUUGCGUCGUUACGACGAACCUCAACCUCCCAAGCGACCGCUCGAUCCGGAAAUUUCCGACCAGGAACAUAUCCAGGCAAUUGUCCAAGAGGCUACGGAAGCCAAAGAAAAGAGCUACAACGAGGCGCUCCAAGGUCUUCCGUAUAUGACAUCUGUGAGAAAGGAUACAGAGUUGCCCCUGUUAGCCCUACCAGAGUCCAUGGCCCAGAUGAGGACAGACAGCCCCGAGGCUUGCGAUGAAGAGGAAACUGGCAGUGACGAUGACUUCGCAUCCGAAAGUGAAAGCGAUGACGAAGAAAUCGAGGGGUUUCCGUCCAAACAGUCCGUGAGUGGAGACAUGGAUUUCACUUCGACGGUGUCCCUAUUACCCACGAUUUUGCACCAGGUCCGGUCGCUCGUGUCACGGAGGCCAGCAGAAAAUCAGGAAGUCGACGAUCAACUUGAUGUCCAUAUUCCAGAUGCAGCAGCACUCUGCAGGGACGCAAUUGAUCAGGGCUUCCUCAGCACGGAGCACCCAAAACGACUGGCGAGGGGUAAAGGUCAAAUCUGGAAAAAAGAAAUUGACAAGUAUGAGAACAAGGAGUAUCGGUACCAAGCAAACCCAGACCCAAAUGUCACCCGAGCUAUCGCCGUAAAUUCUUGUUACAUCUUUUUCCGGAAAGGCGAAGACAUUGGGGAUGGGACAAUCUACGUGCGCAUUGAGAUAAAGCCUCAUGGUGAGAGACAUCCCAACUGUUAUGUCCCUCAAGCAUUAGACACAGACCCAGCGAGUCGACUCGGCUUCCUUCUCAGAUACACACCGUCUUCCGGACCUGAACGUCAGAGAUUCGCGGUAACUGGCAACAGUUCCAGGUCACUCUAUGCAGCCAACACGUUUGUUAAUUUAAUGGCUGAUGGGAUGUACUAUGAGGAAAUCGCCAAAUUUCCUCGACGGUAUAUUUAUCUCAACAAGGAGAGUGCACAUGGACCGGAACUAGCCCGCUUUGUUGACGGAGGCUACACAGAAGGGACCCCAAGUGUGUGA